UUUUGGCUCCAGAGUAUCCGCAACACCCGAACCAUCGGUGUCAUUUCAUGAUGCUCAGAGUCAGGUCAGUGCUACAGAUUGCCCAGCAAGGAGGUUGGUGCACACGUCGAACCGCCCCAGUGGCACUUCGAAGCUUCGCCGCGCUUCCAAAGCCCCAGCGAGAUCCAGAACGACCUCUGAAACCUGCUACACCCUGGCUCUUGUUCCUGCAGGAUUUUCGCGCAGAUGCCACGACGCGGAAUACGUUGAAGGCGAAGGAGGUUAUGACAGCAGCGGCCAAGAAAUGGCGUGAAAUGCCUUCGCCUGACAAAGAAAAAUACGAGGCCCCUGCGAAGGUGGCGAAAGAGAAAUACGACGAAGCCAUGAAGGCAUAUGUGGACUCGGGCAAGAAGGAUGCCUGGAAAAGAGAUCCCGAGCGCCCAAAGAGGCCUUUGACUCCCUGGAUGAAUUUCAUACAGGAGCACAGGCAGAGCGCCUCAGGAUCUGUGACGGAGGUAGUGAAGAGCGGUGCAGCGAAGUGGAAGAACCUGAGCGACAUCGAAAAAAAGGGCUAUGAAGUUGGUUAUGCAGAAGCGAAGGAGAAGUACGCGCAAGCCAUGAAGGCGUACAAGGACUCCGGCAAGGCUGCCGCCUGGGAGGAGAAAGUUGGCAUUGCGAAGGUGAAGGCUAAGAAAACCAGCAAAGAUCUCAAGGCCAAGGAAAAGAAGAUGAAAGCCAAAGAACAGGCCAAAUUGAAGAAAGAAAAAGACAAGGGGAAAGCCGCAAAGGCGAAAGCAGUUGCAAAGGCCAAAAAGGCAAAGGAAGCUGAAAAGGCCAAGAAAGCCAAGGAAACUGAAAAGGCCAAGAAAGCCAAGGAAGCUGAACAGGCCAAGAAAGCCAAGGAAAUUGAAAAGGCCACGCAACGGGCCAAGAAAGCCAAGGAAACUGAAAAGGCCAAGAAAGCCAAGGAAACUGAAAAGGCCAAGAAAGCCAAGGAAACUGAAAAGGCCAUCAAGGCCAAGGAUGCCGACAAGGUGAAAAAGGCCAAAGAAGCUGAAAAGGUGAAGAAGGCGAAAGCAGCUGCGAAGGCAAAGGACGCCAAGAUCAAGACGGCGAAGGCCAUGAAGGCCAAGGCCGCGAAGGCCACCAAGACCGCGAAGGCCACCAAGGCCGCGAAGGCCACCAAGGCCGCGAAGGCCACCAAGGCCAUCAAGGCCGUCAAGGCCGUCAAGGCCAAGGCCGCCAAGGCCUAACGAGCUUCGAGCUUCCAAUUGUCGUCCAGGUGAUGCGCCUGGCCCUCAGUACACUAUGCAAAUGCUAAUUAGAACUUACAUAUUGAUCAUAUUUAAUUUAAAGAUC